ACACAAUUUAGGGUUUUGUCCCAAACCCUCUGACCUCGUCUCUGUCAUAUUUAAGCAAAAGAAGAGUCCCCGCAAAAUCUGAGGGGAAAGAGGAGGAAGAAGAAGGCGCUUCCAGGGUUUUGCCAAAUCCCUACGUUGCAGAAAUGGUCACUUUCAGGUUUCACCAAUACCAGGUGGUCGGGAGAGCACUCCCCACUGAAUCGGAUGAUCAUCCAAAGAUCUACCGGAUGAAACUCUGGGCUACGAACGAUGUUCGUGCAAAAUCGAAGUUCUGGUAUUUCUUGAGGAAGCUCAAGAAAGUCAAGAAGAGCAACGGACAAGUGCUUGCAAUCAAUGAGAUCUUCGAGAAGAAUCCUACCACGAUUAAGAACUAUGGGAUUUGGCUGCGUUAUCAAAGCCGGACGGGUUAUCACAACAUGUACAAGGAAUACAGAGACACUACUCUUAAUGGAGCUGUUGAAGCGAUGUACAAUGAAAUGGCUUCUCGCCACAGAGUGAGGUUCCCUUGCAUUCAAAUCAUCAAAACUGCCACAGUCCCAGCCAACCUCUGCAAGAGAGAGAGCACCAAGCAAUUCCAUAAUGCCAAGAUCAAGUUUCCCUUGGUGUUCAGGAAGGUCAGGCCACCGACUAGGAAGCUGAAGACCACAUACAAGGCAUCCAAGCCAAACUUGUUCAUGUAAUUCUGAUCUUUCAACAGCUUCAGGUUGCAUAGAGAAAGUUUGAGGUUAGGAUUUAUUUGGAAUCUGAAAUUUUGUCCUCCAGGUUGAAAUACUCUGUUUAUCAGAAGCUUUCAGUUAUAUUAGAUUUGUGUGGUUUUAAACCCAGUUGUUAAAGCCGAACUUUUGGGGCUUGAAGAUUUUUCUUAUGCUGCUGAUAUUUUAACAGCUAUGUUAGACAAUUAUAUGGAGAUUUAUAUUUGGCAAAUUUAAGCCAGUCGAAGCGGGUUAUUGUGAUCA